CGAUGGCAGACGACGCACGGCUGAAGGGCAACGAGUGCUUCAACAAGAGCGACUUUGCAGGCGCGCUCGAGUGGUACGAUCGCGGACUGGGACUGGCACCAACCACGGCCGUGCUGCACGCCAACCGCGCAAUGGUCCUUCUGAAACUGGAGCGAUUCAAGGACGCCGAGGCGGCUUGCACCAGCUGUCUGGGCUGCGACCCUGCGUACAUCAAGGCAUUUUCGCGUCGUGCCACGGCGCGCCAGGCGCUCGGCUUGUCGGAACUGGCCAAGCAAGAUCUGGAACAAGUGCUCAAGCUCGAACCCACAAACAAGUCUGCAAAGGAGGAGCUGCGAAAGCUCACCACCGGCGCAGCGAAAUCGGCCUCGUCCGUCAAGUCACAGGAAAAGAAGGUCAGCACAUCGACUCCCGCGCCAGCCAGCGCACCGACCGCCUCAGCUUCAUCAUCAUCAUCAUCAUCAUCGUCAUCAUCAAAGGCUACACCUUCGGCAACAACCGCCACAUCUACAGUGGCUGCUCCCUCAUCGACAAAACCUGUGGGCAUCUCGCUCGAAAAGGCGUCCCCUGUCGCCAAAGAUGCCUACGCCGGGAUUUCGGCUGCAGACAAGGCAAAGCUCGCGCCUCCACCUUCAAUCGAUGUUUUGGUUCACAAGGCACUGACCAUCCUGAACACGUCCACAACACCCACACCGCUAUCUGUUCCAACAAACUCGUACGAGUUUGAGCGGCAGUGGAAGGAGCUGAAUCUCAAGGACGAUGCUGCAGUCGGCACGUUCCUGAAGCAAAUCCCCAUUCCGUCGUACUCGACCAUUCUCGCAAACGUACUCACUGGCGACAUCCUCCCGUUUGUCUUCCGCAUGUUCCGCGAGCAUUUCGUAACGGACGCCCGACAACUGUGUCAAGCAGUCGUAGCUCUUGCUUUCGUCAAACGAUUUGACGUGGCAUUCAUGUUUCUGGAAGACGCUGACCGAUCUGUCAUCCACAACCUUCUCCAAGUCCUCGUCGAGAAACACGCUGACCAGAUUGCACAGUUGCCUGCCGGCCAAUGGAAGCAGGCUUGCGCUCGUUACGAAUUCAAGCUGCUGUAGUGGAUACAGAUUCCUUUUUUUCUUUUCGUUCAAUAAUGACAACUAUCAACGCACACAAA